AUGCUAUCCUUUGAGCUUCUAGAUGACUUGUUGCUCUCCAGCUCCUAUACCACCACCACCACCAUCACAGCACCUCCCAACGGGUGCCUGAAGAAUGGAGGAGAGAAUUUGGAGAAGGACCUUCUCUACUUGGCAGAAGACAUCCGCCCUGAAAUAAAAGAUGACAUAUAUGACCCCAGCUAUCAGGAUGCAGAGGGCCCCAGGCCCAAAACUGAGUUUGUCUGGAGAAACAUCAUCCUCAUGGGUCUGCUGCACCUGGGAGCCCUGUGUGGGAUCAUACUUGUUCCCACCUGCAAGUUCUACACUUGGCUCUGGGCAUAUUUCUGCUAUUGGGCCAGUAUAGAGGGCAUCACUGCAGGAGCUCAUCGCCUGUGGAGCCACCGAAGUUACAAAGCACGGCUGCCCCUGCGGCUCUUCCUGAUCAUUGCCAACACCAUGGCGUUCCAGAACGAUGUUUAUGAAUGGGCCCGAGAUCACCGCGUCCACCACAAGUUCUCAGAAACACAUGCCGACCCUCACAACUCCCGCCGCGGCUUCUUCUUCUCUCACGUGGGUUGGCUGCUGGUGCGCAAACACCCAGCUGUCAAAGAGAAGGGGGCGACCCUGGACCUAUCUGACCUAAAAGCUGAGAAGCUGGUGAUGUUUCAGAGGAGGUACUACAAGAUUGCUGUCCUGGUGAUGUGCUUCAUCGUGCCUACUCUAGUACCCUGGUUUUGUUGGAGUGAAACUUUUGUACACAGCUUGUAUGUUGCCACAUUCCUGCGAUAUGCUGUAGCGCUCAAUGCCACCUGGCUGGUGAACAGUGCUGCCCAUCUCUAUGGAUACCGCCCCUAUGACAAGAACAUUGAACCACGUGAGAGUCUCCUGGCUUCACUGGGAACUAUGGGUGACGGCUUCCACAACUACCACCACUCCUUUCCCUAUGACUACUCUGCCAGUGAGUACCGCUGGUACAUCAACUUUUCCACGUUCUUCAUUGACUGCAUGGCUGCCCUUGGUCUGGCUUAUGACCGGAAGAAAGUGUCCAAGGCUGCCAUCUUGGCCAGGGUUAAAAGAACUGGAGAUGGAAGCUACAAGAGUGGCUGA